ACAGUCAGCAUUUGCCAUGAAUGGCUUUGUGUGCGACUGAUGGGAAGAGGACGGCAGCAACAAGUGCUGUGUGCAGGCUGCAAGUCUUCACUGCUGCUGCUGGUCUGAACUGCACCCACAUCCAGGCAAGGGUGUGGCAAGAGAAAGCAGAGCAAGAGCUCCUGAGCUUUGGAUGAGGAAGAAACUUGGGAUCCUCAGCAAUAGCACUUAGACUUAUAUACCCCUUUACAGUGCUUUACAGCCCUCUCUAAGCGGUUUACAGAAUCAGCAUAUUACCCUCAACAAUCUGGGUCCUCAUUUUACCGACUUCGGAAGGAUGAAAGGAUAAAGCAGAAAGAAAAGGAGAACGAGGAGAUUAAAAAAAGCAGCAAGCAGCAAGUGGUGAGAACCGGUGGGCGUAACCAUGGAGUUCAUUAGAUUACUUCCCCAUCUUUCUGUGUUCUGGAAAAUGAGAAGCGUGAACUGAUUGCUGUGACACACCUGGCCUCAAAUCAACCCACCGAGAGUCUGAAGAAACUCUUGUGGGCCCUCUUAAUUCAAAGGAGCGUGGAAAAAAGAAAAGACUCAUUUUCUUUGCCUUAGCAGCCAUGCAGGAUUCCCUAUUACUGAUUGGAUGACCAGCAUGUUUCUGGCAACUGAGACAUCUUGGCCCGUGCUGUUCCUUUGCUCUCAAACUCUCUUCUGCCUCUUCUUUUGCACCCCUUCCUGUUGUUGUACAUCCUGCCCUGAACAGUGUCAAUGCACCAAUUAUUCAGGAGCAACUGCCGUUCUGUGUAGUGCUAGCAACUUGGAGGAGAUUCCAACAGAUAUUCCCAAAGAUACCAUGUUUUUGAAGCUGGAUGCAAAUAAGAUUACUGCAGUUCCCAACAGCACUUUCAGGCACCUUGCCCACUUACAAGAAAUAGAUCUCUCCAAGAAUGCCAUUGAGAAGAUUGAUUCAGCAGCAUUUAAGGGUGUGGCUGAUGGCCUGCGAUUGCUGGAUCUUUCUGGCAAUCACAUACAGAGAAUCCCAAAGGAAGCCCUGGUCAACUUGAAUGCCAUGAUUCGCUUAUCCAACAACCCUUGGCAUUGUGAAUGUACUUUGCAGGAAGUCUUGUGGGAAGUGAAACUGGACCCUGAUUCAGUCAAUGAGAUCACCUGCCAAACAUCUGUGCAAGAGGAAUAUGCUGGAAAGCCUCUGCUCCACAUCCUAGAUUCAGGCAUCAACUUUUGCAACAUGCAUCAGAAAACCACUGAUGUUGCCAUGUUUGUUACCAUGUUCAGCUGGUUUACCUUGGUCAUUAGCUACGUGGUAUACUAUGUCCGGCAUAAUCAAGAGGAUACAAAGAAGCAUCUGGAAUACUUGAAGUCCCUACCUAGCACAAGAGUUCCUAAAGAGACUAUCAGCACAAUUCUGUAGCCUGGAGUGCUGACUUUCAGCUACACAGCCUGUUUUCUAAAGAAGAAAAUGUUGGAUGAAAUAUAGAAAGUUUAUUUCCUGCUAGUUCAGCCAGGACUUUUCUAAUUUUUUUUUUUAAAAAACAAAAUGUUUCAUAAAAGAUAAAAAAAUGUGUUGACAUUAUAAAUAUAGUAAAAAUGUCUAAACCACAUUUCCCUAUGCUCUAAGCUAUUGUUACUAAUAGUGGACCCAACAGAAAAAAAACAUAUAAAAAUGUCUUCUUGGCAAGGAAUUUGAAUGGCAAAUGCUUUAUUUUGGCUCCCUAAAGUUCUCAAUCAAGAUCUUAUUCCAAGAGAGAAAUCUAAAAACCCUCAAAUGGAGCAAUAUAAGCCUGACAAAUGUGCUUAUGGUGCCAAUGGAAUAUGUACAUGGUUGACUUUUGCUUAAUACUCUGAAUGAAAAGACAAACCAGUUUCUCCAAAGCUUACAGAAAGUUCUAUUGCCAAAUUCAUAGAUUUUGCAAACAAGGACCCAUGCAAUUUGGUGCAAUUUAAUAAGUGACAUGUAUGUUUGUGUGUGUGCCGCAAAUCUAAAAAGGGAUACACUUUAUACUGCAUCUGGACUCAUACUUCUUCAUUCUCCAUCAGAUUAAAAAUGUGUUUUUACUUCCAGAAACAUUGCGGUGCAUGGAAAGGAAAAAAAAUGAGCAUAUGUUAUUAAAAAAAUAAUGCUGAAUAUAUUUCCUUUAGGAAGAUGGGACAGAUAUAUAAUGAUGAAAUUGUUUGUUUCUACAUUUGCUUAUUUUGUACUGCAAAUGGUGCUUCAAAAGCGCAGCUGGUUGGGGGAUUAAUAAAUUUGAAAAGGAAAAAAAAUGAAUAAUAAUUUUAACUUGAGAAAAACCUAGUCCUGGCAUCUGAUAACAGUUUCUGAGAACAGAAACCUUCAGACUAAGAAAAGAUAAUAUAAGAAUAAGCUAAUAGAAAAAGUAAAUAAGAAAGUUAUAAAAAGCCCCUCAUUGAGGGAGAUGAGCAGUCUAGAAACAUGAAAUAUAAAUAUAAUGAAUAAAAUAUUAAAUUGGAAACGCUUCUUUACAUGAUUUUAAGGUUCAAAAACUCUAUUAAAAGCGAUCCCCUAUAAAUUUAGCAGAUUCUGUUUGAAAAACAGAUUGAAUCUAACCUUUUCAGAAUUUGGCAGACUAAAUGGCAGAAUAAAGCAAGGUCAGUACUGAAGAGAACCUACUGGUGGCAAAUAAAUUUGACAGCAACACUGUACAGUAUUCACUAUACUGCACCAGGCACAGAAACAUGCUAGACUUGCUGUUUGAAAACAGAUUUGCAAAUUAAGUCUUCAUCUGCAUGUUAUUAUGCAUUUUAAGACUCUUGAGACCUUUGAUUGUACCUUUGACUCUCUGCUAUGCUGUUCUAAUGUGAUAGCAUCGCUUUCCAUCGCUACUUUGGAGAAAAUGUAUGUUCUCAUAGAAGAGAAUAUAUAUAUAUAUAUAUAUAUAUAUAUAGCUCAGGGUUGAAUUUUUGAGUCCUUGAUGCUCUCUGAGCAUGGUUGUUUGCUUGCUGACAUUCCAUUAUCUAACUAAGCAACAUCAGUGCUGCUUAGUCAGGUAAUAAAACAACUACGUAAGCAAGCACCAUGUUAAGAGAGCUCCGAGGACUCCACAAUGUUCCAGUUACUCAACGUAUAUAGAUUUCUACUGGAUGCAUUUGUUUGAAAUCUUUAUAGCUAUCCUGUAGGGUUGUGCAGUGCUACAGCUUCACUCACACAAAGGGAACUGGAACAUGUGGGAGCACAAAUGUGGCAUCACCUUAAAACCUCAAGGCCUUUUUCUUAGAUUGUGUGUGAUCCUAGGAAAAGAUGAAACUGCUGUAAGAUGUUGAAAGGAUCACAUUUUUAGUUUUGUGCAUUCUUAACCCUUUGUGGUGAUCACAUCUGAAGGCCCAUCAUGCGACAUCAACAUUUUGACAAAUUUCAGUACAGUUGGGGCCUUUUUUUUUUUUAAUUACUAGUUUUAUUCUACUGCUUAUGUACCAUUGCAAUUCAUUUAUUGUGCAGGAUGUAAAUGUUCUCUGGUAAUAUUUGAGUUAUGGGGAUGUAAUUCAGUCUGAUGUUGAAACUCUUUUCUUCCUAAUUCUCAGUGUAGAAUGUGGUUACGACAUCUCUCAUAAUGAGCAUCACAAAUUCCUGCACCAUUUUGUGAACUUAAAAAAUGCUGGUGGUUGUGCAUCCAUCUAUUAUGUAGUUUAAUCCUGAAAAAGUCAUCCAAUGUCACUUUUUUUUUCCUUUUAAACUGUUUAAAAAAUCAAAAAGAUUAUCCUCUUGCUCUUCUUUUAUUAAAAAGGUGCUAAACAAACAUUAACAAUCAAUAUUUAUGCCUUCAAACUGACAAUUUAAUAAAUAUAACCCAUAAGGAAAAAAGAAAGAUGGAAGGAGCAAGGAGAUGAGUUAAAUUAAGUACUAAGUUUUCACAAAGGACUCGUAAUUCAUACCUGCAGAUCUUAUUACCAAGAAUUUUCCCCUGGGUUUAAAAAUAAUUAUUGUGAUUAUAAUUGUUAUCUACAGGAGGCCAUUUUUUCCCCAAUAGAACAUUUGCCUGCUUGCCACCAAUUAGUCUUGUAAAGGAAUAGAUCCUUUUACUUUGGACUGAGAAACAUGGCAGCACCUACUACACCCAAUUUUAUUUAAUGGGGCUAUUAUAUCUGGCUCGUAAAAAUCUGGAAAACCAUUAGAUCAUAGCAAAAAGAUAUUCUUUGCUGCAAUUUUGUGAUAUUCUGGAUUUUAAAGCCCAGAUAGCAUAGCUCUAAAUUAUCAGCAAUAUUUUGCUUAUUUGACAUAAACUAAAGUCUCAUGAAGAGAUUGGAUGAAGCAGAGAAGAAUUCAACAUUUGCAAUGGAAAAUAAGGAAGAGACUAAUGAUAUAUCAGUUUAUGAGACAGUUGUAACUAUCAUUUGCUCUGUGUAAUCUUUUUUUUAUUAAGAAAAAGCUCGUUCUUUUGCCUUGUAUCCAUAUCAGUUAUUAUAUUUAUCAGUAGCCAGAAACAAAACAUUGGCUGCUGAAAAUAUUUGGAAUAAGUAUGAAAAGUUGCUUUGGACUGUAUCACUUGGAUUACAAUUACUCAUUCAGUGUCUGCUUAAAUUUACAAUGGCACAAAACAAGGUGGAUUUAUGACUGGUCCCCUGAGUACUGACCUUUUCAGUUUCCCUGCAGUCAUGUGAUCAAGAUCUGUCACUUGAUGCCCAGCUCAUAAUUAUGCUAUCACAGUAAGUCAAGGUUGAUCAUGAUUUCCCACAUUCUCUGCCAGCUUCCCACACAAAUUCAGUGGGGAAGCCAUCAAGAGUUCUCAAGUUGCUCCCUUUCCUGACACUUUUUCACCCAUCCAGGUUUUGCAGCAUCUGCCCACCGCGUUCUCCCAGCCGCCUGUGGCACUACCACAUCUGCCUGUGCUCCACAGCAUCUGCUUGCCUGGGACUCCUACUUCUUCCUCCUCCAUAAUGACCAUGGUCCUGGGGUUGCAAUGGCAAAUAGGACUGCCAGGAUUGUGAUCCCUAAAUCACAUGACAUCCAUCAUUUAGUGACAGUAAUUCCACUUCAACAGAUUCAGAAAGUACUAGAUUUGUUUAUACUAUUGCGCUCAUUUAUAUUGUCAAGGAAUUAUGUACCAAUUAUUUUAAAGCAGAGCUGAAGAAAAUUCUUGGAUGAAAAGAAAAACAAGAAAGUCCAGUUGCCUCUUGAAAAAGCACCUUUGAGACAACCAUGAGCUGGAUGACUGAGCUCUCCAUAGAUAUUUUAAAGCAUUAGAAGGCAUCUGUUAAUAACACUGAUGUAAACAUACAAUAAAAUAUGGAAUCAAACAUUACUAAA